AUGGGGUUGACAGAAUACUUGCGACAAGGCUUCGGAAUGAGGUGCUGGCAAAGCCAUGCUCAUUACUCGCACUUUGUAAACCGUGCUCAAUUUGUCACAUUGGUCAACACCAUGUUAUUGCAGUCAGUGCUGGUUGUCUGUAUAAGGCGAAUGCAGUCACUAGCAGCUCUUCAAGGGCAGCGAUUGAGUUGCCUGUGGCUGCUGCUGGACAUUUGCAGGGAUGACCUGGAGAUUGAGGUGGACAGGUUCGAUUUGGAACUGGGCGAGGCACUGAAGAAGUUCGAAUUUGAGAAAAGGCCAAGACCGCCACUGGAAGAGACGCUGCCAAUUGGGGUCGACGCUUUCAGCAGAUUGUUGGGUCGGACAGAGGACCAGUCCUUGGAGGAAGCGACAGAGAAGCUGCUGGCCCGCAUUCUGCGAAGCAUCUUCCCCGAAGCUUCCCUGGCUGACAUUGAGCAGGUGUUCAGGGAGCGGCCAAGUCGAGUGGGUCUGUAUUCCUGA